AUAGCUUGUAUUUAAAAGCUGCAACAUAAAAUAAUGCGACAAUCUCAGGUUUUUAUCUCUUAAGACAGAACUAAUUGUUCAUUUUUUGUUUGUCCUAAGUCUCCAUUUUUAGAAUAAAUAUAAUUCUAAAACAGCAGCUAAAAAUUAAUUUCCCCUUUGCUUUACUUCUGAUUGAUGUGGUAGCUGGGAUUUUAUUUCAUGUAAUUACUGCUUUCGUGCUUACCAGGUAGAAGUAGAUUUAGUUUAUUUAACUUUCUCUUUCUGUCUUCAUAAUGUAUUUCCCAUCAGACAGUUUUGGUAGUUUAUUUAGUCUGUAUUUACUCUUCCCCAGAUGAUGAAGAGGCAGUAUGAGAGAGACAGAAAAUCAGGCAGGAAAGGAAAUGCCUCUGGCAUAGCAUAAAGGUCAUAGUACAAUCUCAUAAUCUCAUUUCCUCUUUAAAGUUUACCUGGGAGUCCCAAACUUUUUUUUUUUUUGCUUUAGCUCUGCCACUAUGUAAAAAAGGAACUCAAGCCACGUGUUGCAAUUCUGUGGUAUUGCGGUAAAACGGAGCAUCCCUUUCCUUUAGCAGUUUAGAUUUAUAAGCGAGCCAGCACUUUGCUUCCUUCAGAUCACAAAACCAACCUGCCUGGCAACUUCAGCCGACAGGCACCGCAGCAAAAGAUGUCUCAUCUACCAUUUGCCUUACUUUCAUUAUUCUCCUUCGCUGCCCUUCUGGAAGCACAGUGGAAACUGAGGGAAAACGUGUAUGUCAUUGAAUCAGAGUGGAAUGAUGAGACACCAGCUAAAAGAGUGAAGCUCACCUGCAAUACCUCUGAUGAAGCACUGCCAGUUUACUGGAAAAAGGACACCGAACUGAGGGGAACUGGAAAGACUCUGAUUGCUGAAGUGAAAGAGUUCCCAGAUGCUGGCAACUACACCUGUCUGACAGCUAAUACCCAUGAAAUCAUCAGCUAUGAUUUCUUCCUCAUAACUAAAGUAGACUCCAAUGGGCAAAUGAUAAGGUCGAUUCUGAAAAGCUUUAAAGAGCCAAACAGGACAUUUUUAAAAUGUGAAGCAAAGAACUACUCUGGAAUUUUCAUAUGUUCAUGGAUGACAGAAAAUGAGAGUCCAAAUGUGAAGUUCACAAUCAGAAAUCUAAAAGGCUCUCAAGGAGACAUAACCUGCAGCAGCCCUGUAGCUCACAGUGAUAAUUCCGUGACUGAAUACACAGCCCAGUGCCAGAAAGAAAACUACUGUCCAUUUGCUGAAGAGCACCAGCCAAUUGAGAUGUUCCUGGAGGUUAUUGAUGAGGUGGAAUAUGAGAACUACACUAGCAGCUUCUUCAUCAGAGAUAUCAUAAAACCUGACCCACCCCAAUGUCAGUAUGUGGCCACAAAUGGAACAGUGACCUGGACAUAUCCCAGAACAUGGAGCACACCGAAGUCCUACUUCCCUUUGACUUUCAGGGUCCAAGUUGAAAGUACAGAGAAACACAAAACCCAGGUGUAUGAUACUGAUGAGCAGUCUAUUCAGAUUCCAGUGACUGGGCCAAAAGACAAGAUCUCCGUCCAGGCCAGGGAUCGCUAUUACAACUCAUCCUGGAGUGAGUGGUCUGCACUUUGCAGAUAGCCAGUAAGAGAUUCUAGCAGAAUGGCACAAAGCUCCUAAAGAAAGACAAGAAUGAAUUAGCGCAAGAACAUAAGCAUAAUUAGAAGAAAAAUCUGCAUUUGAGUUAUUAAUAAGCCAUACCAUAUCUUUCUUGCAAUAGAUUAAUAUUGUCCUGCUGCUGGCAGCUCUUUUAAGCUCCCCAGUUGAGUAACAACUUUAGCAUACAUCAUGUUAUAUUAACAUGUAGAGUAUUUUGAUAUCUUACUGUCAGCUGUUAUUGUAGGUUCUGCACGUUAAUUAUUUAUUUAUUUAUUUAUUUAUUAUUAUUUAUUUACUCGACAUGACUUGCAAUGCCAGAUGAUGGCAGUUGCUAUUCAAACGGUUUCAUAUGUUAAUUUAUUUGGAAAGUAACUUGCUGAAAGAACUGGUUUAGUAUUCCAUUAUUUAACUAUUAAAUUAUUUAAUUAUUUAUUUUUAUUUAUUUUGUUGACAUGUGUCAGCAUAUAAAGCCUUGGCUGCAUGUAUCAUGUAUCAGGGCCAUCCUCAUCAUCCAAUCUGAUGGCAGAUGUUUUAGUAAAAGAAGGAAUUGCAAGUUCAGAGUCCUAGAAAUGUUAGCUGCUGCAUUUUGUCAGCUUUCUGUGCCUACAUCAUGUUGAUGCCCAGCUGGUGAACACUGCAAAUGAGAGACCAGCCACUCUCAAAGCCCCACACUUGCGGCUGAAGCCAGGCUGCAGUGGAAGCAAUGGGAUAGCUGGCACAGAGGCAGCUUUGAGGUGCUGUGGUUGAAACAGUCCUGUUGCCACCUCUCAGAAGGGAAAUGGGAGCCGGUAGCUGAAUAGAACACCUCCUAAGCAAAGCUCCCUUUCUUUCAUACUUGUGAUCAUUGGAGGCUUUAUUCAGUCACUUUAUUCAGUGACCCAUGUGUAGCCAGCACAUCCCUUGCAGUGGAGAUUUCUGACAAUAAAAUUCAUUCAGACCUGUCGUGCCACAGGCAAACCCACAGGGCACAAGUAGUCAGGAAUCUGCAACUGAAACCAAGGCAGCUUAAAUUACGUAAGUUUAAUUGCAGUAUAUCUGAUAUUUCAGAAAGCAAUUGUUUACUGGGUUUAUGUGGAUGUUAAGCAUCUAAUUAAAAUUAGAGUUUUAGAACACAGAUUUUUAUAUUUCAUUUUGAAAGUAUUUCCCUACUACUGCAACAUGUGCUAGGUGUCUUCACAGAACCAUAGGUAGGAAAAACACCCUCAGGUCCUGGUUCUAAAUUGCUUACAGUGUAAGUCCCCAGGUCUGGAAAAAAGCAAAAGCAUGUGUUGAAGCCUGUAUGUUUUUGUCAAACCACCUAAAUCCUGACUUUCAGGAGGGCAAAAUAAAACAUUAAAAUAUCUUUGAGGAUUUAGGCCUCAAAGGAUUUAAUCCCCGAUACAGAACCACUGAAAUUAAAGAAAGACUUCCAUUGUGACCAUGCUUCCUUUUUUCCAGUCUUAGCAAAGGGUGGUUAAUUUAAGAUACUUAAACAUUGAAAUGUGGGAAGUAUCAGAUAUUACAGAAAACUUGAUAAUCUAGCUACAAGUGCUGUUAGUAUUUAUUAAUAUUAAAUGUACUCAUUUCUGCUAUAAAUGCAAUUCACUGUGCUUGUUUUACA